AUGCAAGGAAUACUACAGCAUAUAUCCCAGCUAUCUUUAUUGAAGUUUGAACUUAAGCUACCUUUCGCAUAUCUGCGGAAGAGUUUUCCUACAUACUGGAACAUGUUUGCAGCUAUUGCUUCAGGUAAUCCUCUACAGCUUUCCUCAGAAGUGCCCAAUUCUAAUGGUUUACAACAUACUAUUGUACUAGCGGAAACGAAGCCAAAAAGUUACUCUCACAUCACUUUGUUCAUUCUACCAAAUGUCACCAUCCCUCCAGAAUUCAUAGCGAUGGUCUAUUUUAAAUUAAGCCCAGACGAAGAAUUCAAAUUGUUUGGGCAGUUGGGUACUAAUAAGCAGAGUGCAAUUUUUAAGGUAAAACUACCGAAUGCCAAUGUGCCUCAGCCAACCGUGUCUAACGAAGGGUUAGGUGAAAUAGACAUGGAGGAUGAUAAUAUAUCGGCUACAGACGGUAUUCAUAAUAUAUCUGAGUUGAUAAUUGGCAUUUCUAUUGAAUCGUAUGAGCAAGCAGCGGCUAAAAUAGAACAGCUCAGAAGCGAACGAACCGCUAAUGUGCAUUCUGGUACAUUAGUUGUUCGGAAUCAGGCUAUGAGUGUGAAAACACCUGGCCAAUUGGCCCGCAUUUACCCUGUGUUGACAUUGCAACUCGCGUCUAAAAUUGUGCAACAUGCAUAUAAUUACUUGACGGGGUUUCUCGAUGAGAAGAGCAAUGUACCUAUAAAAAAGUUUGAAACAUGGUGGGAGAAAUUCCAGAAGCGGUUAGAGAACGAUGGUACAUUUUUAGACGAGGUCACUCGUGAAUAA